AUGCUAACCAAGAAGAGGUAUGUUCUGGAGCCUCCCCAGGUGAAGGAAUACCUGGUUAAGGGAGAAAGGUUCGUCAAAUGGUCGGAGGACUCCACCAAGACGGGUCCUGUCACUAUGAAGAUGGACCCAAAGGGAUAUUACCUGUACUGGACCAACCAAAGCAAGGAAACAACAUUCCUUGAUGUGGCCCACAUCAGAGACACCAGGAUAGGGAAAUAUGCCAAACUCCCUAAACACCCCAAGGUCCGUAACGUGUUCAACCUGGAUUUCCCAGACAGCAACCACCUUUCUAAAUCAAUUACCAUUGUCACGGGCAUGGACAUGGUGAACCUGACUUACUACAACUUCUUUGCCAGCAAGGAAAAAAUCACACCGAACUGGGCCGCGGACGUCCUUGCCAUUGCGUACAAUGCGUCGAGAAACAAUUCAUGCAGACAAAUCUUCCUGGAUAAAAUAUUUGUGCGCAUCUGUAUUCACACCAACAAGGACGGCAAGAUCCCUGUGAAACACAUUUACAAACUGUUCCCGGCAGACAAGAAGAGGGUUGAGAGUGCGCUCGCAGCCGCUCACCUCCCCAAAGGCAAGUAUGACACCAUUAAGCCUGAUGUGUUCACUGAGGCCGCCUUCAAGAUCUUCCUCAUGAACCUGUGUCCACGGCCUGAGAUCUACGAGAUCUUCUCGUCCUACACUGCCAAGCCCUUCAUGACGAAGGACAUCUUCACCAAGUUCCUCAACGAGAAGCAGAGGGACUCUCGGCUCAACGAGGAGCUGUUCCCCCGCCUCAGGGCCGACCAGAUCAAGGCUCUGAUCGAAAAGUACGAGCCAGGCUCCAACAAGGGCCAGAUUUCUCCCGAGGGCCUGAUGUUUUACCUCAUGGGCUCGGAGACCUCCAUCAUCAUCCAGGACAGGCUGGCCACCUGCAACGACAUGACCCAGCCCAUACCUCACUAUUUCAUCAAGUCCUCCCACAACACCUACCUCACAGCCGGCCAGUUCUCGGGCGUGUCCACCCCAGAGAUGUACCGCCAGUGCCUGCUCUCGGGCUGCCGGUGUCUGGAGCUCGACUGCUGGAAGGGCAAGCCCCCAGAUGAAGAGCCCUACAUCACCCACGGCUUCACCAUGACCACUGAGAUCCUCUUCAAGGAUGUGAUCGAAGCCAUCAACGAGAGUGCCUUCAAGACCUCCCCAUUCCCAGUGGUCCUCUCCUUUGAGAACCACGUGGACUCGGUGAAGCAGCAGGAGAAGAUGGCCAACUAUUGCAGAACCAUAUUUGGUGAUGCCCUGCUUACGGAACCGCUGGAGAAAUACCCUCUGAAGCCCGGUCAGCAGAUCCCCAGCCCCUUGGAGCUCAUGGGGAAGAUCCUGAUCAAGAACAAGAAGGGCCACGACAAGCCCGCCAUCGUGGAGCAGGCCCCGCUCCCAGAGGUGGGCGACGCAGCGACGGACCCCGCCGCUCCGGGAGCCCCCCCGGAGGCCCCGGCUGGUGAGAUGGACCCCCAGCACGCACUGCUCUGUCGUCUGUCCGGUGCUUCAGACGCCAAGGCGGCUGCUGUGGACGAGAACGAGGAGCAGGACGAUGCGGACGAGCAGGACGAGGAGAAGAUGAAGACCUCGGAUGAGGGCACUGCAGGACAGGAAGUCACGGCCUACGAGGCCAUGUCCUCUAUAGUCAACUACAUCCAGCCCAACAAGUUCAUGUCUUUUGAAAACUCCAAAAAGAAGAACAAGAGUUACGGCAUCUCGUCUUUCGUGGAGACCAAAGGAGAAGCGAUGAUUGCCAAGAGUGCAGUGGAGUUUGUCGAAUAUAACCGGAGGCAGAUGAGCAGGAUCUACCCUAAAGGAACCAGGAUGGACUCCUCCAAUUACAAUCCCCAGCCCUUCUGGAACGCCGGCUGCCAGUUCGUGGCCCUCAACUAUCAGACUAUGGAUUUCCCAAUGCAGCUCAACAUGGCGUUGUUUGAGUACAACGGGAGGUCGGGUUACCUCCUCAAGCACGACGUCAUGCGACGCAGCGACAAGAAGUUUGAUCCGUUCUGCGAGAGGAUAGACACCAUCAUAGCCAACACGCUGAGCAUCAAGAUCUACUCAGGGCAGUUCCUGAGCGACAAGAGUGUGAAGACGGGUGUGGAGGCGGAGAUCAUCGGACUGCCGGGAGAUCCCAAGAAAAAGUUCCGCACUAAAUGGACCGCCACGGCAAACGCCAUCAACCCUGUGUGGAACGAGGAGCCCUUCGUCUUUGACAAGAUCCUGCUCCCCGAAAUGGCCUCCCUCCGGCUCGUGGUCCACGAGGAGAACGGUAAAUUCCUGGGACACAGGAUCCUCCCUCUGGAUGCCAUUCAGUCGGGCUUCCAGCACAUCGCCCUCCGCAGCGAGGGCAACAUGGUGCUGACGCUGCCCGCCCUCUUUGUGUACAUCGAGAUCAAGGACUACAUCCCGGCCGCCUUCGCAGAUUUCACGGAUGCCUUGUUCAACCCAACAAAGGGCACAGAGAAGACCACCACCAAACCACAGGAGUCCUCCUCCUCCUACGUCAGCCCCUACGAGAUGCCCGCCGUUGCCGCCGUGGCGUCGGCCACUCCCGCUCCUGAUACAGCUAAAACUCCAGAGACCAAGACAGACGCCGUGGAACCGCCAGCGGCCGAGGCAGAGGCCACAAAGGCGGCAGAAGGAGAACCCAAAGCUGGGGAAGAACCAAAGGCUGAGGAGGCUCCCAAGGCCGAAGAAGAACCCAAAGUUGAGGAGUCUCCAAAACCUGAAGAAGAACCCAAGGCUGAAGAAGAACCCAAAGUUGAGGAGGCUCCAAAAGCUGAGGAAGAACCCAAAGCUGAAGAAGAACCCAAAGCUGAGGAAGAACCCAAGGCUGCAGAAGAACCCAAGGCUGCAGAAGAAGCCAAAGCUGCAGAGGAGGCGGAGGUCAUCCCAGAGGCCGCCUUAGAACCAGCACCCGGCACCGAACCUGAGCCCGCCCCUGAGGGGCCGGUCAGCGAGCCGGACCCCGGGGUGGAGGAGACUCCAGCCGCUGUGGUUCCUGUCGCGGUCGACUCUACUCCUUCUCCGGCCGCUGGAGGUAACCCUCACUAUAUCUGUCUCAUGGUGUCUCCCCUGGCCUAUGUUCUUUCACCGACAGACCCCACCACGGUGAGUGUUGAAGAGCUCCUCCAGCACAAGAACUACAUCAAGGUCACCAAGCGGCAGGAGAAGGAGAUAAAGGAGCUGGAGAAGAAGCUUCAGAAGAAACAGGAGGACCUGAUACAGAAAAGCACCGACAGCUUCAAGGCCUACAAGAAGAAGGGCUCCCUCAAGAAAAAGGAGGGGGAGGGGGAGUCGACCCAGGCUAAGGAGCAGAAGGAGAAACUCCAAGGGGAUCUGAACACGCUGUUUGAAGAUCAGUGCAACCAGAUGAAGAAGAAGAAAGACACUCACGCCACUGAGAAACUGGCCAAGCUGCUGGAGUUGGCCACAGAGAAACACACCAGUGAAAUGAAGACACUUGAAAGCGAAAACAAAGACAGCAAGAAGAAGGGAAUGUCCAAACGUGCGUCCGAUAAAAAGCUGAAAAAGGCUGCGAGCAUGGAGAUGCUGGACGAACCAGCCCAGCCCGAUGGAGCUGACAACAGCCUGCAACAGGAGGCUCUGACCAAGAAACAGGCUGCCACCCUGGAGGAGAUCAAGGCCCUGGCCAACCAGUUCAACAAAGAGUCGCUGGAGGAACGGGAGACGAGGAUGAGGUCACUGCCGGCCGAGGUGAAGAAGGCCACCAAUGCCUGCCUGAGCGACCACUACCCCGAACUGGUGGACAACACGGAGGAUAAGAAGACGGAGGGAGAGAACACCUAUGGAGACGUAUUUAUGGGUUAGGAUGUGUGUGUGUGUGUGUUUGUGUGUGAGCGCUUGUGUGUGUGUGUGUAUGCGCUUGUGUGUGUGUGUGUGUAUGCAUUUGUGUUUGUGUGUGUGUGUAUAUGCGUUUGUGUAUGUAUAUGCGUUUGUGUGUGUGUGUGUUUGCGCUUGUCUGUUUGUAUGCGCUUGUGUGUGUAAGCAUUUUGUGUGUGUGUGUGUGUGUGUGCGUAUGUGCUCGUUGGUUUGUGUGUUUGUGUGUGUGUGUGCGUAUGUG